AGAGUGAACAUUUUACUUGUCGUAAUAAUUUCUUCGUCCCCCAUCUUUGGCCCUAACCCGACGAAGGAAACGAAAGGCGAAGAACGGGUGUUCUUACUCAGCCAUCGCCGGCCAACGGAGACGUUAAUAGCGGUGAGACGACAAGGGAUUUCGUUCCAUAUUUGACCGAAGUUAUCUGUAAUUGUUUUCCUAACAGGCUUAUUACUGAAACCAGAUCAGUUUAACUAAACCAUGGAUCGAACAAAUGGAGAUGACCAUGAAGGAGUCAGUGUCAUGGGUUUUGAAGUUCCCACAUCGCCCGAUUCAAGCUACAACAAUCCCAUACCAAGAAUUGAGGAUGAAGCUCGAGACCCCCUGCUUGUCCCUCCUCAUCUGCAGCAAACCUUGCUGAACUAUCUACCCAGCCAAGAUGAUCCAAGUAGUCUUUCUGUGCCUCAAAAUGUGAUUCUUAACCACCUCUACAUUGAAAAUCGAGAUGUCUCCAGAUCUGCUGCUGCUCUUGGGAUAACCCAUCGUUUCUUAUCUAAAUAUGUUACUGUUGUUCUUUAUAAGCCGGUCCAGAGAAGGUGAUCAUGAACACUGAAUCCUUAUUCGUCCAUGGCUAGUCAGUCCAUAUUCAGGAGAACUGGUGGCUUUGGUUGUUAUCAUUGGAUAAGUAAUCCCCACUUUUCAGUUGCACAGGGUCUGUUGAACUCAUUUUAUUUAAUUCUGGAUCAAAUAUUCUGAAUGCAAGAAGUGUUGUUCCUUCCUGCAAAACACCUUUUUCCUUUUUUUUUGUUUGCAGUAUGUUACUCAUGUGUAUGUUAGGUUGGCCUUUGUCAUUACAAUGCCUAGUGUUUUUGCGUGUUUGGCCAUAGACAAAACUAAACCUUAUCCAGUCAAGCCAGAGAGUAUUCUACCCAUGUGUUUGUGGAAUUUGAGGAUAGAAUCCUAGUGAGAGAAUUAUUUAGCUUCAGCAUGCCAUGCUCUGUAUACAACUCGCAUUUUUCAGUUUUGCACUAUUAUUUUCAGCUUAUGCCCCUAAAUUAAUUAUUCGCUUUUCAGGCACAAUUCAACAAAGUGAGUGGGACCUUUCAUUAUUAUUUUCAGCAACACUAUAUUUUUCUUUCUUGUCCUGUUUCUCAUUACAAAUACUUGUUUGUACUAUCCACAUUAGGCAAAUAUGACAAUGAUAUACAUGUGGAUUUUUUUUUUAUCUUUGCAGGAUUUUAGCAUCUGU